CAUAGAAGAAUAGAGAUUAAGUUAGCUAGCACCCUGAUUAACAAAAAAAGAAACUCUGAAAGCAUUAAUUUUGUUUUAAUUGGGUUAACUUUACUGUCUACAUUUUAUUUUCGUCUUAAAGAGCCAAAUAUUCAAUUCCAACGCUUUCUGUUGCGAUUCAUGAAAGUGAAUCUGGGAGUUGUUCGAGUUAGCAUCGCUUGCUAACUGAGGAGAUACAUCGUUUGAGGAAAACAAACAUGUGUAAAGUCAAAAUGUUCAAGACGUUGGUGAAGCAGCGACUCAAUUUGGCCGUCGAGGAGGUCAUUGAAAUAUUCGAGAGAACCAUAGCGGAGUACGAGGAGCAACUUUGUCGGAGCAAAGAAGAACACGAGAGACGGGAAGAUGGUUUCAGGACUUCUUAUAUUCCGAGUUCAGACUUGCAGCAGGUGUCUGUGGAGACUCGAGAAGUAGAAGAGGAUGUUCCUUUUAAGAAUCAAGUGGAGCCAACAAAGCCAAUUAAGGAGGAAGAGGACUUAUGGAGCAGUCAGUUUGGAGAACCCGACGUGACCGAAUUCACAUGGACCGGCGUCCAUGUCAAAAGUGAAGAUGAUGGUCAGUCGGCACAGCUUUAUCCAAGUCAAAUCAAGGACAAGUUAAAUCAAGAUUGCGACAACAUUGCUCAGUUGUCAGAUAUGGACGACGCAACGUCCCGCUCUUCCGACACCGACCGCAGUGACGGUGCCAAAGAACAUCACAAGACCAAAAAGAAGUCAAAACACCGCGUGACGCAACACUUUGAUUGUCCGGAAUGCGGCAAAACCUUUACCAACAAAAACGUUUUGAAGAACCAUUUGGUGACACACUCCGGAGAGAAACCGUUUGUUUGCACGGUUUGCGAUAAAAGGUUCUCCUUGAAGCAUCACAUGAAGACGCACAUGCGAGUGCACGCAGAGAAACCGUUUUACACCUGCUACUUUUGCGAUAGAAGAUUCCCAGACGAGGCAGCUAAGAAUGAGCAUGAAAAAAUUCACGCAGAAAAACCCCGAGAUGAACAAGCCGACGACGACGCCCCUUUGUCGGAUUUGGAAUGUGUUAUGACGCAAUCUUCAGACACGGCUCACAGCGACGACGGCAAAGAACCUUCCAGAAAGAAAAUGAAAUUCAAAGUAGACGCUACUUAUGACAGUGAGAGCAAACUUUACAUUUGCUCCGGUUGCGACAAAACCUUCACUAACAAAAGCGUUUUGCGAAAUCACAUGGUGACGCACACCGGAGAGAAACCUUUCGCUUGCUCUGUUUGUGACAAAAGAUUCUCCUUCAAGCAGAACAUGAGAAGACACAUGGCCAUCCACACGGGAGAAAAACCUCACUCUUGUUCUUUUUGUGACAAAAGAUUCUAUGAUAAAUUUGAAAUGAAGCGACACAUGUUAACCCACACUGCCGACAAGCCUUUCUCGUGUUCGGUUUGUGCUAAAACUUUCUCCCGAAGCUCGCACUUACGGAUGCACUUGAAUAAGCACUCGGCUGAGAAACCUUCCACCUCCAGCAGCUCCGGUCAACUCAUACCAACGGAAGUGGACGGCGAUGAUGUCGGACCGAUCCUGAUGUCGGAAACAGAGUCUUCCGACGACGCCAAUGAACCUUCGGAAAGCAACAAAAACUUUGUAAACGAUGCAACGCAACCGGCCGACAACAAACAAUUCACCUGUUCCGUCUGCGCGAAAACCUUCGCGCAGAAAGGAAGUUUAAAAACUCACAUGUUGACGCACACCGGAGAGAAACCUUUUGCCUGCCCAGUUUGCGCUAAAUGUUUCUCCAUCAAGCAAAACAUGAAGCGCCACAUGGCCAUCCACACGGUUUUCGACUUCCCUCAUAAUUGACUCCAAUCAGCGCACUAAUUCCUUCGGACCUGUAGGAUUCGAACCUCGGACCAUUUCAAACAGGCAGAUGAACAAUCCAAUGGAAAACAAGGACUGGAUCAUUUAAGCCAAUCGGAGGCUGACACAGGCGGGACGGUGGAACGAUCCUACAGGAUGAGGCACAGGUGGAUGCAGUGUUGCCAAAUUUGCGACUUUAUUUGGGUCAAAAGCUAAUGGCAAGUUACCAUCCUUUUUUUUUCUAUUUUACUGUACGUAUUGUAUUUCUGGUCCAUUUAGUUCGGCAAUGUUAAAAAAGUUCAUUUUCUAAACAUAUUAAGGGUGCUUUUCUGACUCACUUUUUGCUUCUCCAAUGACAUUAUUCCUCUCUCCUACAGCGUCCAUUACAAUUACAUGCAAAUUGCCAAUUAUGCAAAUUAGGUGAUGGCGUCGUCUAGCAAGUUUUAGGACGGGCAAUAGCUACUUUUCUUACUGGAGAGUUGGCGACACUGGGUGGAUGAACAUACAGAGGGAGGAAAAAGCAAAGGAGAGGGUAGAAGCAACAAUGGUCAGGCAGACCCAUCAUGGACCACAUUGAGGCCUUGUCGGACGAGUGUCACAUUGCGAAGCACCGGCAGGGCAAGAAGCUCUGCCUGGGCUGUUCAUAUAGGAAAAUAAUCAUGACACGCAGCUGAGUGAGCUGAAAACUGCAACAGUAGUGACUGAUGUCACUGUUUUGUCACUGCAGGCCCUCACAACAUACAUUUGGACUCCACCACUGUGGCGCCCACUUUCAGCGUCUUUCCGUUUUAGUGAUUUUAUAGUUUUUACUUGAGCCUUUUUAAUACAGUAUUUUUACUUGUUUAAUUUUAGGUAUAGUCACCCAAAUUUAUGGACACAGGUUUCUGCAGCAGAGCCUUGUUGAAUAAACAUUGUAACUUGUGAAAAAGCCUGAAGUAUCUCCUUGGCCGCACAACGUUGCUUUCCACCAGGUAGUUCAAAACCAAUCCAUCCUGACAACAAAUCUACAGAACUUGGUUUUCAUUAAUCACAUUCACCCACUUCCCCCAGGACAAUUCACUACCACCCAACCACUUCAAAUGACUAGUGAUACUCAUUUCAACCAUGUUAGUAGAGCCGACAUUCCCAUUAAAGUCAAUAUCACGUGUUAAUGUUUGAAUAGCUUCCCACUGCAGUGACGACUGUCCUUGGAAGGGUUAAGCUUAUAUACAUACCUGUGUAUAUAUGUGUAUGAUAUGGCGGAAAACACUCAGGUGACUUGAAGUUCCGUUCUGAGACCCCCAAUUUGGCCAAAUUUCCAAAUUGUCCGUUAUGCAUGUGUGAUACAUCAUUGAAAAAUUUAAAAUCUCAAUUUUCUGGGGGAAGAAAAAUUUUGAACAGGAGGGCAUUUUUUAAACACAUUUUUUUUAAAGCAGUAAAACCCUAUCUGUAGGCGAGAGCAGAAUUACAGACACCAUGACUUUAACGAGAUAUUAACGCAGACUUACCUUGUUUGGAUCUAAAAACUCAGUGUAGCAUGUAUCACCGAGUGUCAAGACACUGUUGUGAAAGGCCACAGCUGGAUUUUUGGGGGAUUUUAUGGGUGAAACAUGGUAAUAUAACAAGGGUCGCGAUGCAGAAAUCGUAGACAUCAAGGAGUGGUCGAGAUUUUCAUACAUUUACCCUUUUAAAUGUUUUUUUCAAUUUUUCCUUUGUUUGGAUCGAUUAUUUAUCAUCUAACAUAUCGGAGGAAAUGCGACAGUAACAAAAAAAGUACAAUUAAGCGAUAGUUAUGAGGUAGAUAUCCGUGACUUUUUUACAGACACCAUUUUUUUCAUUGUGACGUCAUGUCUUUAAAAGUUUAAAAUAUGCGAGUAAAUGAUUUUUUAAAGUUUUUUUUUUUUUUUUUUACGGAAUAUAAGACAUCAAUUAAUGAUUCUAAGCUAAAAAUGAUAAGACAUUUCGAAUAAUAAAUAUAAUUACUUACCUUCUUUUUAUGGCUUGGUUGAAACAAAAGCGGUUGCGCGACAUCUGUAAACGGGGGUUUCCUGGGUAAAACGGACUAAUUAAAAAUCGUUCGGGGACUUAUUGCGCCAUUAAUCUGCUAUGGCAGCAUAUAGACAUAUUGUUCUAUCAAACACAACAGUUCUUUUGGCUUCAAAUACAGCAGUUUAUUUUA